AUGCGAACCGUUUCUGGCACUGGUGAACCAGGUUUUGUUUGCCACCAAAAAGAUGGUGAUGUAUUGAUCUUAGCAAUCGAAAUCAAGAGCACACACAUUUUAAACAAUGUCACACCUGACCAAACGUUACAUGAAGUUUAUGAAGGGAAUGCUAAAGUGAGGAUGGUCAUACAGCAACUCUACAACUACUUGUCAGAAAACGAACUUAAAUAUGGAAUACUUUCUACUUAUGAUUGUAGUUGGUUUGUUAAGAGAGAACAUAGAUGUCUAUAUAUAUCAAACUCUCUUGGAUAUGAUUCGACAUAUCCACCAGUUCUAAAAACCUACACCUAUCUGGCCCAGCAGGCAAUUGACAAUGUAAAUGGUCAUCAUUCCCCUCAUGCCAACAUUAUUCCACAAGCUGAUGAUUCACAAUGUAAUUCUCGAAAACGCCGAUAUGAUGAUCCUAGCUCAAGACAACCCCCUUCUGGAAAAAGUCAACUAACACUGGCUUCAUCCUCCAAAGAAUCAUCUUCCAGUACUUCUGGGAAAACAUCAGGAAAACAAGCCAUGGAAGCACAGAGUUUUAAGUAUGGGGAUUUUAAGUAUACAAGUAUAUUAAGUGUUGGAGAAAACAAAAAGGAAGUUGAAAUAUAUAGAGUUCUUGCUAAACUUCAGGGUGUAUAUAUUCCAGAACUGUUGUUUUAUGGGGAUUUGGCAGAGGGAAUGAGCUUUGUUAUGGGAUUGAGUAUUGUUGGCCCACAUUGUAUCACCAUAAGAUAA